GGUUACAUAGAUUGCGCUUCUUUAAAAAUAAAAAUCCAGACACCAAAACCUUGAAAUUGAAAAUUGUCGAUACAUUAUGGCCCUCUUGUACCACAAAACAAUGAGAAUGAGUAACGAAAUAUAAAUUAAUUACUCAAAUCUGGUGACAAUACUUCAUACUAACUGGUUUCCAGAUUAUCUCGGUCGUGUGUUGUGUCAUCCUGAUCAUUUUCAUUUGGGGGUCUUGGGUAUCUAACCACCAUUUAGGUGGCUAUUGAUUCUUCAAACAGUUCAAACCGGUGAGGCGCCGACUACACAAGUCUUUGGAAUGAUGAUAAUUCAUAACUUUUUGAUAUGAUUGAUAAGACCACACCAGUUAGUACCGGGCAGUACAACUGCAUCUACAACUACAGUACAACUGACYGAGUACUUCACUAGGCGUUGAGUGGAGGUUGAAGAGUAUUGAGGUUUUUAGUUUCUAUAGAAAAAAUAAAAUAGCUUAAAGCAGCCGCUGCCACUCGCAUUAGUCGCACUGGAUGUUGUUGUUGUUGACUGUUGUUGUAAAUAUUAAUGGAUGUUAUGAAAGAGUGUCGUAACUCGUAAGAAUUAGCUUUACUAGUGCGGCAGUGACGACUAUUGGUGGCGUACGUGUGUUUAGUUCUAAUCUUAGUGGGAGAAACGGUUUUAUAAAUAACGACGACCUUGUGUACCGAAUGUGUGUCGCACGAGUCGACAUUCAUUGAGCUGUUGAGCAACGGAUUUUAUUAUAAUUUAUAUUUUAAUUAUAUUGAAUGUAAAACGCUACUGCCAUUUUCAAAACUCGUGUUUUCCGAUCUUGAGCUCAUUUAUUACCUUUACUAUUCCAUCGCAAAAAACACGUUCCUGAAAAUAAUUAAUACCAAGCCKGUGUKAAACAUUAAUCAACAUCAUAACAAUAAUAAUAUUGUAAUUAUAUCACCUCAACCAGCGACUAUUAGGUACCAUUGUCUACAACCACUGCUCUGUGUCGAAUAACAACUCAGAAAUGUACCCGUUUGGGGGCAUUUACUAAGAAAUGGCCUGUAGCCAACUCCAGGACAACCGCAUAGACAUCCAAGUCAGCGCAUUAUCAAAAAUCACUGGUUUACGUAAAGGCUAAAUUACGGAUUUAAAGAAAGAUAAAGAACGCUCUAGUCUCCAUGAAUUCGGUUUGGACGCAGUGUCCAGUGCUGUUGCCACAGCGAUAGCACGAUCAGUUGUUGCUCCAUUUGAUAGAGUUAAAAUAAUUUCUCAAGUUCAUUAUACAUCUAUUGUUAAUGGUCAAAAUAAUCAACAUUAUCAUCCAGGAAUCUUAACAACAUUAAAUCAAAUUUAUCGUGAACAAGGAUUACGGGCACUAUGGUUUGGAAAUUUUACCAACAUUUUAAGAUUUGUUCCAUCUCAGGCGGUUAUGUUUGGACUAAACACAUUUUACCUAAAAUUGCUUUUGAGCAAUAUUAAACAUAAAGAUGAUGGAUGGAGUCAUACUACUUUGAGUCUUAUAUCUGGCGGAUUAUCUGGUGCAACCACAUUAUGCAUGUUCUAUCCACUUCUUUUCUGUCAAACUCAUUUAGCUGCCCAUGUUGGACCCUUGGUUGACCGUGAAUAUACUGGAUUACUGGAUUGUAUACAAAAAACUGUUCAUACAAAUGGUGUUCGAGCUUUGUAUACAGGAUUUGCUAUUGCAGCUAAUGGAAUGGUCAUAAACAAGGCUAUUUACUUUGGAGCUUAUUAUAGUUUUAACAAAACUAUUCUAGAUCAUAGUAAUAGUCUAGUUUCUAUUGAUGAAAAAGAUACAAAGUUACCAUUUUGGAUACGGUUUGGAACAGCACAGGUUUCCACUUACUUGUCACAAUUAUUCAGCUAUCCUCUUGACACAAUUGGCAGAAUGUUGAUUGUCCAAACCGCACAAGAAGAAAAAUUGUAUCACAAUGCCAGAGACUGUUUUACUAAACUAUGGAAAUCUCAGGGUUUAUCAGGCUUAUAUCGAGGAAUGUUGCCAAAUAUGAUUCGAUCAAGUGGUUCGGCUUUAAUUCUUGUGCUGCACGAUGAAUUCAAAUGGAUACUGAGUAAAAUGGGUUUAUUUGGAGGAGACAUUCAAGACGAUUAAACAAUAAUAUCCUUCCUUCUACCUACUACUUUUUCAUGCAAAUAUAUUUUUUUAAAAACUUAAAAAUUGUAUAAUGUUUUAUUGUUAGUUGACGCCAUGCGAUUCUAGUCAAGUAUUUUUAACCUUGUUAGUAUCUGCAACCAAUUAUUUGUGAAUAUCAUGUACCAUUAAAUACUUGUUAUGGAUAUUAAAUUAAUAAUAAUUGAUUUUCUAUAUGGUUCAA